AAAGACAUUGUUUACUUGUCGCGUAAAGUUCCCUCUAUUGAAAUUGAGUGACCUCGAGAAGAAACGAAUCCUAAGUUCCAACCAGUCGCCAAUUCGCCAUGACUAAUGCCUCCCUUUAUGAAGAAGAAUUGCAGAACCAAAACCCUAAUUCGAAUUUGACCCAAAAUGACGAAAAUCAACAAGAAGAAACAUCUCAAUCUCAUUCCCAAUCUCCUCAAAUAAAAACCCUAGAAACCCUAGAUCCCCAAAACCCAGAACAAACUGAGGUCGAUCAACCGCAAGAUCCCCAAAACCCAGAACAAACUGAGGUUCAUCAACCUCAAGAUCCCCAAAACCCAGAACAAACUGAGGUCGAUCAGCCGCAAGAUCCCCAAAACCCAGAACAAACUGAGGUCGAUCAACCACAACAGCAGCAGCCAGAAGGCUCACAAUUUCUUGCUCAAGAGGAAAAUCAGGAACCAGACGACCACCCAGAACGUUCAGGUAUGUCUCUCUCCCCUCAUCCUCCUCCGAUCACAGACACCACCAUCUCCAUAUCCAAUCCCGAACUCAAUCCACCUCCUCUCAACUCAUCCUGCAACCCACCUCGACGAUCCAACAAGCGAAAGAAGGGUAGUGUGAAAAAACAACAAGCAAUUGAAAAGAAACUCCUGACCCUAAGCGAAAACCUAAAACCCAUUCCGUUUGUACCCUCCAAAACCCUAGAUUUUUUUAAACACGAGAAAAUUCUGAAGCGACUCGGUUUGUGGGACUUUGUCCACAUCGAAUUCGAUCGGAACAUUCGUGUUGACCUCGUUGUGCAAUUGAUUGCAAAUUAUGACCCAAAAUUGCGGUGUAGUUAUGUGAAUGACUUUAGAAUUGCAGUCAAUAGGGCCGAUAUGGCCCGUGCCUUUAAAUUGCCUGUGAAAAAGGAGAAGGGUACUGUUUUAUCGUCAGAGGCAGUGGAUUUGGAUUCAGAAGAGUUGUCAGAGGAAUCGAUAUCGUUCAUUGAGGAUUUUGUAUCAAACUGGGUGCUUUUGCACGAGGAUACGUGGAUGAUGCCAACCGAUGUCUUGAGCUGGACACGGUCGAUCAGAGACAGGCAUCCUGAGAAGGUGGAUUGGGCGAGUUUGAUUUGGUGUAUGGUGGAGAAGGAAUUGAUGCAGGGGCAACAAUUGAAAGAUUGUUACUACGCUUCACACUUGCAGUAUUUGAUAAAGUCGCAGCGCGAGGAGGCUUUUGGAGAAGAGCCUAAGGUGGAAGGGGAGGUGGAAGAGGACGGUAGUGAUGUGAAGAUGGUUACUUCUGAUCAUUAUCAGGGACAAGAAGAUGUCAUAUUGGAGGAACCCGAUAUUGAAUUGACUUUGGGGCAAGAUAAUGUUGAAAAGGAAGAAGUUAAGGAUGAGGACUUGAUGGAUGUUGAGGAAUGCAAGGAGCAGGAACACGGGCAUUGGCUUUUGGAUGGAAAGAACAAUGAAGGCGAUCACUUUUUGCAGCACUGUAGUUUAGAUGAAGGUAGGGGUUUGGAUAGUCAUUGGGAGGGGAAACUGGAAGAAGAAGAAGAAGAAGAAGAAGAAGCAGAAGAAGAAGAGGAGGAAGAAGAAGAAGAAGAGGAAGAAGAGGAAGAACAUGGGGAUGGAUUUGAUCUCUUGCCAAAUGGUGAUGCUCUAGAUGGGGAGGGCUUGACUGGCAAUCUACUCCAAGGGAUGGAAACAAACCAAAUUUCUUUUAGUUCACCGGGGCAAAUUUGUAAUCAAUCUGCAGUAGAGCUUCUUGGGUCCAGGGCUGAAACACACAUGAUUUUAGGUGGUCCAAACAUUUUUGGCAACGGUAGUAAGAGGGAGAUUGAGCAUGAACAUGAUAUCUUACAUCAUUCUCUCAAUGGUAGCAAUAAGAGGCUGAGGACUGAUGGCUCGUGGGAUCAAAAGUCAUCUGAUUUUGGAAUGUGCAUGGAGCAAGUGCAGCAGUGGAUGGGAAAAGCUAGGAUGAUGUAUGAGGUGAAGGAACAGGCUUACGAGGAAUCAAAUAUGAACCAGCAGUACUUACUUAAUGAGCUGCAGCAGCGGGAGGGUGUGAUUGAACACUUGCACAAGGUCAAGGUGGCAGAGAUUGAGAAAAGAGACAGAGAGAUAUUACGGCUUGAACGUGAUCUUUAUUUAAUGGGAAAUCUCUUAGAGGGCUACAGGAAAUCUUUAAAGGAAACCCACAAGUCAUUCUCUGAGUAUAGACAACGCUGUCAACUUCCUGAAGAACCACUUUAUAAGGACGCUGGUCCUGGUGGUGUCAUGUUGAGCACCAUGGAACUGGAGAAACAACGUCAGAAACGAGAAGAAGAAGAGAGAAUGAUGAUUGAAGGAAAGAUAAGGGAAUUUGAAGCGGAGUCUAUUGAUAAACUGAAAGCACAUUUAGACAUGGUCUGCUUGCUGGAUGAGAGGUUGAGGAAUUUUUCGUAUGAAGUAAAACUACUUCAGGAACUGUCUGCAAAGAACAAAGUAUCAGAAACAUCAGGAUUUGCUCCCGACGAAUGAACUGCGCACUUUGCCUGCCUUUGAAAUCUAGGUGAAUUUCAAUUUCUAAUGCAUAAGCUAUAACUAUGACAUGUUGUCUAUAUGACGAGGUAGCUUUAUGUACUUCCCUCUAAUCUAUGUUGAUAUGGUGGCAGCAACUUCAUUCUCUUUGUAAUAUGCUGCCCCCCUUUAUUUUGGUUUUUAUGUGUCAUUAUGGUGCUAUAUGCUUAUGCCCCAGAUUGCUCUUUGCUUUUA